GCGGGAAAGGAAGCCGAAGGAGAGCCGGGAACCCGGAAGUACUUCUCGGCAGAGGCCUGGGCGACUCUUUUGAAUGGAAUCGGGCUGAUUCAUCGCCGGUUCUCGGAGCCAGGUCCUUGUUGAGUGUGAGGCGCUGCUCUCGUCGCCGGGUUGCCGCAAGGCCAGGGGAGAGAGAGAAAAAAAAACUACUUGUGAAAAAUUAUACCUGCCAAAAUUAGCAAGAAUUGGAGUUAAUAAGGAAUUUGCCAAAUUCAACAAAUUGAGGCCCAACACUGUAAGAGUGAUAGUUACUGAACAGAAAUAUGGACAGACUUCUUAGACUUGGAGGAGGUAUGCCUGGACUGGGCCAGGGUCCACCUACAGAUGCUCCUGCCGUGGACACCGCAGAACAAGUCUAUAUCUCUUCCUUGGCAUUGCUAAAGAUGCUAAAACAUGGCCGUGCUGGAGUUCCUAUGGAAGUUAUGGGUCUCAUGCUUGGUGAAUUUGUUGACGAUUACACCGUCAGAGUGAUUGAUGUGUUUGCCAUGCCACAGUCAGGAACUGGUGUCAGUGUAGAAGCAGUUGAUCCAGUGUUCCAAGCCAAAAUGUUGGAUAUGCUGAAACAAACAGGAAGGCCUGAGAUGGUUGUUGGUUGGUAUCACAGUCACCCUGGCUUUGGCUGUUGGCUUUCUGGUGUGGAUAUCAACACUCAGCAGAGCUUUGAAGCCUUGUCGGAGAGAGCUGUGGCGGUGGUUGUGGAUCCCAUUCAGAGUGUGAAAGGAAAGGUUGUUAUUGAUGCCUUCAGAUUGAUCAAUGCUAAUAUGAUGGUCUUAGGACAUGAACCAAGACAAACAACUUCAAAUCUGGGUCACUUAAACAAGCCAUCUAUCCAGGCAUUAAUUCAUGGAUUAAACAGACAUUAUUACUCCAUCACUAUUAAUUAUCGAAAAAAUGAACUGGAACAGAAGAUGCUGUUAAAUUUGCAUAAGAAGAGUUGGAUGGAAGGACUGACACUUCAGGACUACAGUGAACAUUGUAAACACAAUGAAUCAGUGGUAAAAGAGAUGUUGGAAUUAGCCAAGAAUUAUAAUAAGGCUGUAGAAGAAGAAGAUAAGAUGACACCUGAACAGCUGGCAAUAAAGAAUGUUGGCAAGCAGGAUCCCAAACGUCAUUUGGAAGAACAUGUGGAUGUGCUUAUGACUUCAAAUAUUGUCCAGUGUUUGGCAGCAAUGUUGGAUACUGUUGUAUUUAAAUAAAGCAACCUAGAGAGCUGUCAGUGACACUCUCAGUGUACUUCCCUUCAUUGUCCUACUGCUCACAGUGGAGCUCUGCAGGUGAUGUGGUGGCAUGGAAGUCACCUGUGCCACUUCCAUCUCAGUUGUGCAGUUGCUUCUGGUUAUUUAGUCAGGGUUUUGCAGAUUCCAAAGUUGUUCAGGAAUACAUCAAAGUGGACAAAUUUUGUUAAGACCCCAUUUACUAUUUGAAAAAAUCAGUAGCACAAAUAUAUUUUGAUUGUUGCUUACAAAAUAAAAUACAUUUACAAUCCAUGUCUCCCGAGGUCUUUUUGGCACUGGGUAGAAGUGACAGAAUAACAUUUGACAGUACUUUGGAAAUCUCACACAAAGCUAUGUUUCUCAUCGCGUUUUGAAAUCUUGUAACACAUGAAGCAUCACUGUGAUAACAGAACUUCACAAAUUAGUGAUCGCCAUUAGUGAGUGGCUUCCUCAUUAGUGAGUAACCCAGAUAAAUAUUGUUUUUUUUUUUUUUUAAAAAAAGCCUUUCUCUCAAGCCAGCAUUAUUUAUUCAUAUCUUAACGUAUUACACUUUCAGGAUUUCAGAAAAGUUCAUUUAAAAGGUGGGCAAUUUUAAACUCACAAUUUGAAGAGUAUAUUCUACAAACAAUUUUGAAACUGUCUAGAAGUUGACUGCUGGGAACACCAGUAGAUUUUUAUGUAUCCCAGGCAUAGAAAGUAAAAAAAUAAAUAAAUUCUGGUGUGAAUUGAAUGUCAUGAGUUUAUAAACAAUAGUUGUUUCCUGAAUUAACGUUGAAGUACUCAGUGUUAGGUAUAAUAGUAUGGCUUAUUGGCAGUUCUCAUAGCUUCUCACAUAAAGAAAACACACAGUCAUACCCCCUUAUAUAAUAAAUACUUACUGAAAAGCAAUUUACUGAAUACUCCCAGUAGUAGCUAACAGUAUGGAGACAGAUUUAAUUCUAGGUUUACCCUUGUGAAAAUAUGGUGAAAGUUUUUCUAACUCUUUGUGAAAGGAAGGUUGUACUUACUGGUUAACUUUAGACUUCACCUACUAGGGGUAUCAUGUAUGGCAUGCAUAGUAUACCCAAAUACCAGAUAUUUCAACAGUUGUGUUUAUGCUCUUACCAUCUGAUGACUGUCAGAAACCGAAGGUAGAAUUGUCUUAAGUUUCCAGGAUCUUUCAGUCAGUCUGUCUGUCUGUCUCUCUUGUGGAAUGAUAUGUUCUGCUUAUUUCUUGUCUUAUAGUUUCUUU